AUGACGACGGCCUACGACGUCCGUUGCGGCUCCUACUGGAUCCGCACCACCGUGAGUUCGGAGCCAGCCACCGCGCAUAGAUGGGUCUGCGAAAUGGUCCACAUCCACGGCCACGAUGCCUACCGCCAAGGCUGCCUCCUGGUGGGGCUGGGCGUCCAGUGGGUCUCCAGGCACGCCGCCACGCUCCAGCUCUGUGCGGGGUCGAGCUGCCUCAUCUUCCAGCUCCACCACGCCGACCACUGCCCCAACGCUCUGCGCAGCUUCCUCAUGGACCAGAACGUCAUCCGCGUCGCGCUGUGGGACCAUGCGAUCUGGGCGAUGCUAUGGAGCUCGCGGCACGCUCUCCUGGUGGGGGAUGUGCGCAGGGCGGCGUACGCGCUCAUGAGGUGCGGCCGGGGAGCGACAAUGGGGCAGCUGGCGGAGGAGAUCAUGGGGAUUCCAGGGAUGCGGAUGGAUGAAGCGGCGGCGUACAGCGACUGGGAGGAUCAACAACUCACACAUCAGCAGAUUCAGUAUGCGUGCCAUGCUGUUUUUCUUCCUUUCUUGAUCGCCGUGGAGAUUCACCUUUGGGAAUAUUUUCUCUUAACUAUUUCAAUUCACAAAUUUGGAUAA